AUGGAAGAAACUUUCAAUAAUAUAUAUUUCAAGGGAGAAGGCUAUCAAACGAACAGCUAAAUCUUAGAUCNUCAAUGCUUUCAUAAAAAUGACAAGGAGGGAUAUAGACUGAAAAGUUAUAUCUCUUUGACAAUAAGAAAGAAACUUGGACAGUAUACAUUAAGAUAUAAUUCUGUAAUUCAAAUUCUUGUAGUUAUCAACUUCUUCAUAAUGUAUUAUUCAAUCACGUAAGAAUACUCAAAUAAUUUUAGUGCAGCAUUAAGCAAUGGUUCAAUAGACUCAACCUAAACUGCUUAUAGUUAGUAUUAAACAUCCAUUUUAGGAAUCACCUUAGCUAUUAUCGUAUUUUGCCUAUUUGUUUAUGCAUCCAAAAUAUUAAGAUUGUACACUGAUUAUUUCAUUUACAUUUUUACAUUACAGCAAUUGUUAUGGGAGAAAGAGCAAAACAUAUAAAUUUUAAAGUAACUAUUUUAUUAUAAAUUAGAAAUUCAUUAGAGGCUUUCGGAACAAUCUCUUUCUUGGCUUUUAAGCAAAUAAUUAAUUCGCCAAAAAGCCUAGGAAUUCGAUUCAUGUAUUUAAUUAAAAAGUCUGCAGUCGCUCAUAAAUGGGAAAACGAUCUAUCUUUAUUAACUUCACUGUCACUUGGUCGUUAAGUGUUUUACUUGACUCAAAAUCAAGUCAAUAAUUAACCAAUAGCUUCAUUUCAAUUAUAAGAGAGCAUCGAUGCUUUAAACAUUUAAGAUUUGGAUAUUGUUUAUAUAUUAUGUAUAUACUCGUUUUAAUAAUUAUAAUAGAUUAACAAGCUGAAUAUAUUCUUCAGUAUUCUGGAUGGUCAAUUGGAUGUAUAAUUGGACUAGUUAAUUCACUCUUCGGUUGCGGUUUCUCAACUAUUGUGCUGAUGAUCCCAUUGUGUUGUGAUCUAAGCUAUGUGAUUGGUGCAUAGAUUAUAAAAGGAUUCUUAACAUUUGGAUUAAUAGAAUAUAAUUAAGAUGAUGAUUAAUUAAUGAAAUAUUAUAAGUCAAUCAUAUUGAUUGAGAAAGAAGAACUGAUAUCCAAGUAAAAUAAACAAUAAUAAAAGUGA